CAGACAGAGCGCUUGACUGACUGACCGGGGUAAAUCCUGAGCCGCUUUGCCGCUGUCUGCACCGGUGAUCCGAGGUUCGACCUGACCCACCGCGGUGCCAGAGCUCCGGAGCUGCCCAUGAACAGCAGCACCAUGGCCGCGUCCUCACACCGGAUCACGCUCGGGCCGUUGGUCGCCGCCAUUGACCAGGGCACCAGCUCCACACGGUUUUUGGUAUUCAAUUCAACAACGUCAGAGCUGCUCAGCCAUCAUCAGGUUGAAAUCAAACAGAGCUUCCCCAAAGAAGGAUGGGUGGAGGAAGACCCCAAAGAAAUCCUGCAGUCGGUGUACGAGUGUAUGGAGCGCACGUGUGAAAAACUCACCCAGCUCAAUAUUGACAUCUCAAAUAUUAAAGCAAUCGGAGUGACCAAUCAGAGGGAGACCACGAUCGUUUGGGACAAAGAAACCGGGGAGCCACUGUACAAUGCAGUCGUUUGGCUGGACUUGCGGACUCAGUCAACAGUCGAGAAUCUGAUCAGCAAAACUCCGGGAAGAAAUAAGAAUCAUUUGAAGCAUAAAACAGGGCUCCCCAUCAGCACGUACUUCAGCGCGGUGAAGCUGCGCUGGCUCAUGGACAACGUGGAGGAGGUGCACCAGGCCGUGCUCUCUCACCGCGCCAUGUUUGGGACCGUCGACUCCUGGCUCAUCUGGUGUCUGACCGGAGGGAAGGCCGGUGGAGUCCACUGCACAGACGUGACCAAUGCCAGUAGAACCAUGCUGUUUAACAUUCACACGAUGGACUGGGACCCCGAGCUCUGCAAUUACUUUGGAAUUCCUAUGGAGAUUUUACCCCGGGUACGAAGCUCCUCAGAAAUCUACGGCCUCAUGAAAAUAAGCUCUAGUCUGAAAUCUGGAGCGUUGUCUGGAAUUCCCAUCUCCGGGUGUCUCGGGGACCAGUCGGCCGCUCUGGUUGGACAGAUGUGCUUCCAGGAUGGACAAGCCAAAAAUACGUAUGGGACGGGCUGCUUUCUGCUGCGAAACACUGGAUCCAAGCCUGUGAUGUCUGACCACGGCCUGCUGACCACUGUGGCCUACAAGCUGGGCAGAGACAAACCUGCCUGCUACGCUCUCGAGGGCUCAGUUGCCAUCGCUGGAGCUGUGGUCCGCUGGCUGCAGGACAAUCUGGGGAUCAUCGCCUCUCACGAAGAGCUUGAGAAGCUGGCUGCCAGCGUGGGUACAUCGUAUGGCUGUUAUUUUGUCCCUGCAUUUUCGGGUCUGUACGCCCCCUACUGGGAGCCCAGUGCCAGAGGGAUCAUCUGUGGUCUGACUCAGUUCACCAACAAACGUCACCUGUCGUUUGCUGCGCUAGAGGCCGUCUGUUUCCAAACCAAAGAGAUUUUAGACGCCAUGAACCAGGACAGUGGCAUCCCCCUGACUCAGCUGCAGGUGGACGGAGGAAUGACAUCCAACCGCUUACUCAUGCAGCUCCAGGCCGACAUCCUGUGCAUCCCCGUGGUGAAGCCGUCGAUGCCUGAGACCACAGCUCUGGGGGCAGCGAUGGCGGCUGGAGCUGCAGAGGGCGUGAGCGUGUGGAGCCUGAACCCCGAGGACCUGAGUGAAGUCACCUGUGAGAAGUUUGAGCCACAGAUCAACCCUGAAGAGAGUGAGUUCAGGUACGCGCGCUGGAAGAAGGCUGUACAGAAGGCCAUGAACUGGGAGACCACGGAGCCGCUGGGGAACGGGAAUGGUGAGCCCAGUAUCUUCUGCAGUGUCCCUCUUGGUUUCUACAUCAUGGGCAGCAUGGUCAUGUUGGUGGGAGCCAAGUACCUCGCAGGUAACACUUAGACGGUUCCUCGUGGAGAACGGAAGAACUUCUCAGCAUGGACCACCACUCAGAAAUGGGCUCUGUGUUUGAACAUUCCAGAAGAUGACUCUAGCCCGGUCCAAUCCCAAUCCCGAAAGGAAACCCCGGACAAUCUGACCGACUACUGGGACUCUUUUACUUUCUAUUUCUUUUUGCUACUGAAAAUGAGGGUACUUUUUAGUCGUAGAAUCCAUGCAGUAUUUUUUGUACUUUCGUUCUGGCUGUAUGAUUUCUCAUGCGUGAGUGUUUUUCUACUCGUCUGUGUAAUUUGCAUAGACGUAACCACUUUUUUAACAGUCACGAGAUGUUUUUUUUUUUUUUUUUUCUAGUUGCUUCAGGAAUUUUUUUUAGAGCACUUUAUGUUUUUAUUUUAAUUAUUAUUAUUUUUUGAGUCACUGACAGUCGAUCGAGGAAAGAAUGACUACAUGUUUUGGUACUUGGAAAAAUGCCAGUAUUGUGAAAUGAUUUUGAAGGGAGAAAAAUGAACUUGAAACACUAGUCUAGCUGCAGUUUUUGAAUUUGUACAGAACUGUUUUGUGGAAAUCGAAAAACUGAAAAAUUAAGUUAUGUCGAUGGUUAUGUAUGUUUUAAUGCACUGAAAUGCCAAUUAUUUAAAAGGGUAAAUUGUACGGUACUUUACUUACUUUCUACAGUAAUAGCAUGGUAAUACUAGAGAUACUCUGCACUGACAUCAUCCUGGGGCGGGGUGGUUCUGCAUCUAUGUCUAUGGUGGAAUGUUGAGGUUGAUUUUCAUCAAAAAUGUGAGAGUGACUAACUGAAAAACUCACUGUUGUCAUUCCUGCUAAGUCAGUUUUUUUUUUUUUUUUUUGGAUCAGAUUGUGUUCAAAUCAAAACUAAAGUCGAACUGGAGUAACAGCUUCAGACAGAGCAGUGCCUCCAGUUAGCAUCACCGCCUCCUUCGGGAAUCUUGACGACACCAGUUGCAAAAUAUGAAUAGAUUUGUAAUAAUCCAAUCAAAUUUUUUCAUCUUCCUCUUUGUAGGACCUAUUUGCAGGGUUCCCACAGUCAUGGAAAUCCUGGAAAAGUCAUGGAAAUUGAAAAUGUCAUUUUACAGGGCUGGAAAAGUCGUUGAAUUUGAAUAUCUCUUUCACGCCACUACAGCGUUCUGUUAAGUUCUCAUUAGGCUGUUAUGAUUAUUUCUGAACGUCUGUGCCUUUUGUUUAAAAGAAACGACAAUAAGUGAGUGGAAAGAAUUAACAUUUUAGAUUUAGCUCUAAAAGUCUGAUCAGUUCUACACAUGUCUGUGCCAUAAAAUCAUGGAAAAUUCACUUUAGGUCAUGAAAAAGUCAUGGAAAAGUUUUGAAAUUUUGUUAGUGAAAAGGAGUGAGAACCCUGCAUUUGGAACACUUUUCACCAUUCACGAGAUGGAAUACUUUGUUCCGAAUUCUUAAUUGCCAUGGAAACGGUGCUAAUUUCUCAUUGCUUAUGGCAUUUUAGAAUUUGAUGUCUUAUCCUGCCUUCUACUGAACAUCGGUAGUGGAUGAAUUCGAGUCAGUUCUCCCGUUGUAAAUGUGUUUCAUUAUGACAGUUGUGGAAAAUUAGCCUGAUUCUUCGAUGGUAGGCAAGUACUUUUUUUUUAUUUAAUGAAUCACUGCUGUUUGGUCGUGAUGUAUGUAAAUCCCGUAGGAAGGAGGACAGUAACGUCUUUCCCCUUGAUAAAAUUCACCAAACAUU